AUGGCCACUUAUCUCAUCACAGAAGUCAAUCAGGCUGAUCAGGCACCUUCCACCAGGGAAGGGAAGGAGUUUCCCCCAUCGCACUGUUGCUCAGACACUUCGUCACUGCCCCCCGCCUUCUCUUCAGGCCCGCCAGCCUGUGCCACUGAGUCUGCGUGGCCCCAGCCUGCUGCCCCUGCCCCUCCGUGGUCCCCACCAGCCCCUCGUGACCCAUGCCCGUCUUGCAGGCACCCCUUUUCGGGCCGUGAUGUGCCCAUCUCUAACGGCUCGGGCUUCCUGGUGUCACCGGAUGGGCUCAUUGUGACUAAUGCACACGUGGUGGCAAACCGGCGGCGCGUGCGGGUGAAGCUGGCCAGCGGAGAACAGUAUGAUGCUGUGGUGCAGGAUGUGGACCAGGUUGCGGACAUCGCCACCAUCAAGAUCAAGCCGAAGCACCCACUGCCCACCCUGCCCCUCGGGCGCUCCUCUGAGGUGCGGCAAGGGGAGUUUGUCGUGGCCAUGGGCAGCCCGUUCGCCCUGCAGAACACCAUCACCUCCGGCAUUGUGAGCUCUGCCCAGCGGGGCAGCCGGGAGCUGGGCCUGACCACCUCUGACAUGGAGUACAUCCAGACUGAUGCUGCUAUUGAUUUUGGGAACUCCGGGGGGCCCCUCGUCAACUUGGAUGGUGAGGUGAUUGGGGUGAACACUAUGAAGGUGACGUCGGGCAUCUCUUUUGCCAUCCCCUCAGACCGACUGCGGAAGUUCCUGCAAAAGGAGGAACAGCGCAAAAGCUCUUGGUUUGGCAAUGCAGAGACAAAGCGCCGUUACAUAGGGGUGAUGAUGUUGACUCUGACGCCAAGCAUUCUGGCUGAGCUGAAGCUGCGUGACCCCAGCUUCCCCGAUGUCUCCUAUGGAGUGCUGAUCCACAAGGUGAUCAUUGGCUCCCCGGCACAUCAGGCAGGGCUGAAGGCAGGUGAUGUUGUGCUGGAGAUCAACGGACAAGCUUCGCGCCGCGCAGAGGACGUGUACGAAGCAGUACGGACACAGCAGAACCUGGCCUUAUUGGUGCGGCGAGGCUACGACACUCUGCUGGUGAGUGUCGUCCCUGAGGCCACGGAGUAGCGGAGCCCUGACGCUGGGUGCUGCAGGUGCCGGCUGGCAGUGCUGGCCGCAAGCCAAGGGCGCAGGACUGUAAGCAGCAUCCGUGUGCUGCUUGGGGGGAGAGACUGAGAGCUUCAGAGAGACUGGAAGGGGCCAGGCAGAGGGGCAAGGCCUGGUGCUUGGAUGGACUCACAGCGCAACAGUUCUCCUUACUCGAAUAAAGCACUUUUCUAGGUA